GUAAAAUAUUUUCUCUUCAAACAUUAACGCCUGCAGCCCAAACUUCGUUCGAUGACAACACUCAGUAGUAACUCUCAUUCCGCUAAAGAUCGUCAUUUGCAAACGUAUCAAACAUAUUACUAAAGUCUCAUUUAUAGGUUGCAAGAAUGGCCCUAUAUUUAUUCUCUGGAAGCAACAGAUUCUGCGUCGCGUUCAACGACUCCGUUUCUCACAAACAUAAACUAGGUAAAUUCUGAUGGACACAGUGUGAACCCCAGCAUCUCAAGGCUAAACUUCAUAGACAACCCCGUGGGAACGCUGUUUAGGCGUUGAAGAAGCUGGAUUCAGGCUCCACACUUCUUCCACAUUAACUAGACCAUCAUCUUCAGCAAGCUACAGAUCGAUGAUUCUUCUAGGCCUGAACUGGACUGCAUAAAUGUGGACGUGGCUCCAACAAGACUGUGCAAGAUGAUCACAGCAAAAUCAUAUGGAACCCAUCGAUGUACAUCCGGAUGGAAUGGGAAUACUCAACCGAACUGGAAAUACAUGUAAAGACCGACGAAAUAUGCCAUUUAUAUCACAAAGUGACUCGGUAAACCGUGUAUUAAAAUAUUGUUUCCACCCAUGGUUCUUUCCGGAUACUCGCUUAAUUUCCGUUGGUAAAAAGAAAACGGCCCGCGAUGCCGAGCCGCUGCAUGGCACUGUUCGGCCUUCACAGUAAGUUAAUUUGCAAUAUUUCGCAUCGCAUUGCGAUCUGCUGCACUAUCAUCAGAUCCGAUCGAUGACAGGGCACACGCUACCGAAGCCAGACACUCUAAAGCCCAUUUCCCCAGUUACGACGGUGCUGUGCGGGAACAACUGACGACUGCGGCUGCGACUAUCUGAUCGGUGUGAUUCGGUACCGACGGAAACGGCAAUGGAUAGUGCCACGAUCCAAGAUGCAAUUGAAGACUGUGGCGAGAAACUGACCGUCGACGUUUGGCUGAAGCGCGUGGAACGUCGAAGACAGCUUGCGUACACAUCCGACUACGAUCUCUGCAGCGAUCAACCGAUGAGCGAUGAGGUGCUGGCCAAACGGGGGUCCUGGACGGGCCGUUACGAUUUCCUUCUGUCGCUGCUGGGGUACUCGGUGGGGCUGGGAAAUGUUUGGCGCUUUCCCUACCUUUGCUACAGCAAUGGAGGAGGCGCUUUCCUGAUACCGUUCACCGUGAUGCUGGUCAUAGCCGGACUGCCGCUAAUGUUCAUGGAGCUUUCUCUGGCUCAGUACGUCGGUUUGGGACCGGCCAUCCUCUUCAAACGGUUGGCUCCUCUGUCGGAGGGCAUAGGGUACGGGAUGAUACUGGUGUCCGGUAUGGUUAUGCUGUACUACAACGUCAUUAUCGCCUGGACCGUGUUCUACAUGGUGGUGUCGUUCGAGAAUCCGCUCCCGUGGCGAGGCUGUCAGCACGAGUGGGCUACGCCGAACUGUUUCUCGUACGAGGAGGAGGACAACUGUCUUGCCACCAACGGGUCGUACUACAUGAGCUCCUGUCUCUCCAGGGAACAAUUUCGUUCGCUCAAUGCAACUAUCCGUAUGCCGCGGAAACCACCGGCAGAAGAAUUUUUCAAAAAUUACUUCCUCCAAAUUUCGUCCGGCAUCGAGGAAACCGGCAUGAUAAACCAACGGCUAGCCAUCUGCCUGCUGGCCGCAUGGGUGAUUGUAUUCCUCUGUCUGUCCCGCGGUGUCAAGAGCUCCGGCAAGGUAGUAUACUUUACCGCCCUCUUCCCGUACCUGGUCCUGGCGGCCCUCUUCGUUCGUGGCCUUACGCUGCCCGGAGCGUACGAUGGCAUACUGUACUACGUGCGGCCAGACUGGGACAAGCUGCGAACCGCUCAGCUGUGGGGAGAUGCUGCCGUACAGAUCUUCUUCGCCCUCAGCCCAGCCUGGGGCGGACUGCUAACGUUGGCUUCGUACAAUCGAUUCGACAACAAUUGCUACCGGGAUGCGAUCGUGGUGGCCAUCUCGAACAUUCUGACGUCGUUCUUUGCCGGCUUUGUCAUAUUCGCGAUCAUAGGCUUUCUGGCGCACGAACUCGACACCGGAGUGGACAGUGUAAUUGAUCAGGGCGCUGGUCUGGCGUUUGUCGUGUUUCCCGAGCUCGUCGGAAAGCUGCAGAUGCCUCGAUUGUGGUCGGUACUGUUCUUCUUCAUGCUGCUUACACUCGGCCUGGACUCCCAGUUUACGCUGAUGGAAACGGUUGUGACGGCGGUGCUGGACACGUUUCCAGCGCUGCGUCGAAGAAAGGUUGCCGUGGUGGCCGGUGUCAGCAUCGUCGGGUACCUCGGUGGAUUAAUCUUUGUGACAAACGGCGGGAUGUACUGGUUCCAGCUGUUCGACAAGUACGCUGCGAACUGGUCCGUACUGCUGAUAGCCAUCGCCGAGUGCGUUCUGGUCGGAUGGGUGUACGGUGCGGAACGCUUUAUCGGCAAUAUAGAGGAAAUGAUGGGCAAACGGUCGAAAUGGUUCCAUCGGUUUUGGGUCACGGUUUGGAAGUACAUCACGCCCGCCAUGUUGUUGUUUAUACUUUGCUUCAACUGGCUGCAAUACAAACCUGUGUCGUACGGUCGGUACAUCUAUCCGAACUGGGCCGACGUGAUCGGGUGGAUAAUAGCGCUGACACCCUUCGGUAUUGCGAUUGUAGUGGCUGUUAGGCGAAUGUGUACCGGACCAUGCACUUGGCAGUCUUUCCGAAAGUUGCUGCAACCCUCAGUCGAUUGGAAACCGUCGCAGCCCCGGAUGGCUUCGGAGAUGGCGUAUGCCAACAGUAGUGGCAUCGAACUGUAAUGGGAAUCCCAGUGCUUUAAACUUUGUAGAUAAGAAUUAGCAAUAUAAACAAUGUUUCUUCACAUCAGCUUAA